GGCCGCUGUUGAGAAGCGGUCUGGCGGUCAGGUUGCGUGGCGAGGCAUGAAGACACCAUCGAGAACCGUCAUGAACCGACACCACACCACCCACACCACAGGACAACGUAACACCUUCACAUCACACACACGUGCACAUACGUCUCUGUUGAUGGUCUUCACGCAUGAGAGUGGCUUGGUGCGGCAUCAUGUAGAUCUCUCCCACGCCGAGGCGCAAUGCCCUUUCUCGCCAUUGCGCCUCUCCGUGGGGGAGUUGUGCGUGAUAGCCGACCAAGACACGUCGUGCUGCAUACAAAUGAGUGAAUAAUUGAUGGGGACAGACAGUGGUGCUGCAUGGGUGGGUGGGUGGAUGGAUGGCUGGAUGGAUGGAGGCAGACAGACAUGGGGGGUGAGGGAGAGUUUCUUCAAAUCAGACAGCGGCGGAUGGCUGGCUGGCUGACUGCACGAAUGUGCGCCGCGUUCAUGGCAUUGAUCGACUGAUUCAUGGCAUCAAACGAGCCUGUUGUCUGCAUGAAACGCGCACCGACACUCGUGGCUGAUCAAAACCCAGUGCAACCACAUACAUGCCCACACGCUGAUGGACGUCAUCACAGAGAGGUGGAGGAAGAUCUAUCAAUUGCACAAAGGCAGAGCCUAGGCAGCUGAGAUCUCCACUCUGAGCUCGCAAUCAGAUCUUGGCACCGCUGCUGAUCUUGGCACUCGUGGGUGUGAGGAUGUCAGCUGGAGGCGUUCCUGAGAAGAGUCCAAAGCCCCGCCCGCCCGACCGGGGGAGUUUCCCUUUGGAUCACUUCGGCGAGUGUGCGGAGUCGCAGCAGGAGUACAUGCAGUGCCUCAAGCGCAACUCGUACGACAACAUGUCCUGCAGACACCUCUCACAGGCAUACCUCAAAUGCAGAAUGGACAAGUGAGAGAGCAAAACAGACAGACAGAUGCACACCACACCCCAUUCAUCUCAUUCUGUGUGUGUUUCUAUCAUGUAUUGUAUGUGUGCAGGGGUUUGAUGCGGACGGAGACGAUGGACCGAUUGGGUUUCCUGCCCACCGAGACGUCCGAGCGGCCGCCCCGUCGGGCGGACAAGAAGCGGCGCAAGGAGCAGGACGGGUACGUCCCGGAGCUCACACAGUCGCGGCCCGUCCUUGACCGGCUGUCCUUCGGGCCUAUCAUCGGCAAAUGGCUCUCACGGCAAUUCGUGAAGACAGGCGAGCGGGAACAGAGAGAGCCGGGGUAAGGACGCCGUGGCCGGCACCUGAAGGGGACUCGGCGUUGAAUUGAGCAAGGAGCGGUGUUAGUUACCUUGUGUUGGGGUGUGUGCUGCCAGAAGGUGUAGAUCGAUGUGUAGAGUGUUGUGUGUGGAGACUGACUGCAUGGAUGGAUGGAUGGGGCAUUGGUCUUUUUGCGUGCGGUGUCAUGUCGGUUGAUGUGAGUGGGGGAGGCCCUGACGCUAUAUAUGCCAUUUGUAAGUCAUCCAUUGCAGCAUAAUACCAGCAUUGGUCUCUCACGCACUGACUGCAAUU